UUCACGAGUAUGCCGGACUAUCGAUAGUUCCAAAUUACAAUCGAAGUAGCGAAAAAAAAUAUCGAUAGUUUUGCACCACUACAAGCAACUACAUCUGAAAUUCCUCAAAAGUUAGUUUUUGAUCUAUUAUCAGCUGUCCAAUAGUUAACCGUUUAUAAUUACAAGUUAUUAAGUAAUUGCUUCACCAAAUAGAUGUCUAAAAUAAUAGUAGAUCAAUUAAGCCACGCACAAAAGGUGCGUAUUUUAUAUAAGACCAUAUUACGUCUGCAUAGAGGUUUACCACUGGAGCUACGAGAUUUGGGUGAUAAAUAUGCGCGCGACGAAUUUCGGCGGCAUCUUGCAUGCUCACCUAUGGAAGCACAACUAUUUAUGACUGAAUGGGCUAAAUAUGCCGUGACGAUUACCUCACAACUAGGGCUAAAGGGUAAACCAACGGGGACGCUAGGGGGCGAAUUGGACACUAGAACUGUUGAAAUGCUUAAAGACGAUCAAGUAGUACAAUUAUAUGAACUAAUGAUAGCUGCCAAGGGCCUUGAAGACACGAAUACCGUGAAAACGAAAUAAAAUGCAGUUUGCUUCAAAUAUGUACCUGAUUUAA